AUGAAGAUCCUCGAAACGCAGAAUGGGCUCCUCUCCAACUACGAGGUCUACCAGCACAUUGUCAACCAGCAAACGCGAAACAAGGCCCAGAAGAGACGGGUCCCUGGCAAUGUUGCAACACUCAUGACCGAGGUCGUAACGUAUCUACGUGAGAAGCCAGGUCCGCUAGAAAGGCAAGAGGAGACGCACGCAUACAGCCCGUCGUCGGUUUCGCAAUUACUGGAGAAGCUCCGCGACGCGAACCUGCGGAGCGAGCUAGCCAAAGGCGAGGUGCUCUCGAUCCUCAACCUCCGUCCAACGUCUAGUGCCCUGUUGAGUACGGCAAUCGAGGAUAUGGAAGAGCGCUUUAGCGAGGACGAGCAGAACAAGAUUGUCGAGAUCAUCAUAGAGGUACUGGGCCGUGACGAGCCCGCAGCACUUGACGAACGGGAUGGCGACGAGCAGGACGGAGACACGAUGCAGUCGAUUGAGAACGGCGUCUGA